CCUUAGCCUAUUGAUCAUCUUGACGAUCUUCAUCCUUCAUCCAUCCCAUCCGAUUUUAGGUUUUAUCAACUGAAAAUGGUACUUUGUAUGUGGAAUUUACGUGGUCCUCAUCUGAUUGCACCCGACCUUGAUAAAGAUUACAAUGGUCAUGACAAUUUCUUCACUUUAAAAAUACAUCAUGGUGGAUUUUUUUCAAAGUUCCCAGGAAGAAAGUACGUUGAGGGAAGGUUGGCAUUCUAUGACUUUGUUGACACUGAUCUUUUUUCAGUUCAUGAUCUAAAUGACUUGAUUCGUGAGAUAGGGUAUUCUGCGGAUGACACAAUGUACUAUCAUUAUAGAAUUCCUAAUCUAGACUUAGAUUUUGGAUUGAAGGCUCUAGGAAAUGAUCAAGACGUCAUAUCUAUGACUCAAUUUGUCCCUCAAAACAGAGUGAUUAAUGUGUACGUUGAACAUGGUUCUACAAGACUUCAUACUUACUUCAUGUCCCCAAGUAAAGUUGUUAUUGAGCAACUAGAUGAUGAUCCUUCUCCUGAGCUUAAUAGGAUUAGGCCUAAGAAGAAGGGAAUUAGUUCGUGUAGCAAGAAAUUAGACAUGAAUGUCCCAUUUAUAGAAUCAACUAAUCAAGCUCAGAGAGAAGAUGGUGUGUAUGAUUUUUCCAUGUCCCUAGUUCCUUUUGAGCCAAACAAACAAGACAUGGUUAAUGAGUUUAAGGAUGAUUCGUAUUUCCUUGUACCAGAAGAAACUGAUACAAUGCAAGAAAUUACAGUUGAUAUUAAUUGCCAGAAUCAUAGGGAAAUGCUAGAUGAUUUUGAGCCUUUUAGUAGUGAUGGAUAUCAGAAUAUAGGUGAGUUUGAAAGAGAGGUUGAAGCUGAAGAAGAAGAAGAUGAAGAAGGGCAUGCAUAG